CGAGACUAGACAAGGACAUAAGCAGGGAAGAUAAGGGAGAGGAGAAAAAGUGUGUCUGCCUCCUCCGAGAGCCAAAGAGAAAGAAUGUAAAAAAGGCACCCAGCAACUGCACGAACACGUGCAGAGGUCCAUUUCUGGGACUCCUUUAGCUGAGGUGAACUUACAGGACAUUGUUGGUAAUGUUUUUGUUGCAGUCAUGAUGAAAAUAAGACUUACAGGUCAGCACUACUCCACACUCAAUGACUCUGAUAUUCUGGUCCACAGUAUAAAGCCUUCAAGAUCCAAAAGGGAGACUCAAACUGCUAUUACCCUUUUGUCUUGAAUGACAUGGCGGGACUGAACGCCAGCAGCAGAAAAAUCAGACAGUUGCAUGUGAAGGACGUCAAACGGGCCCUGAAGGGACACAUCAAAGAAGGUUACAGGUUCAAUCCUGAACGUAAACUGUCCAAAGAUGACCCACACUACAACAGCAGUCCUUCAGACAGCGACAAAGUGCACAUUCUGGUUUUUGUCGUUGAUGCCAGCACUAUACCUAACAUGAAGCAAGAGGACAUGGAGGUAAUCGAGGACAUCAGAGAUGAAGCAGAUGAAAUGGAGGUCCCACAAAUAGUCCUUUUCACCAAAGUUGAUGAGGCCUGUCCGAAGAUCAGCAGAGAUAUCAGGAACGUCUACAAAAGCGUAUCUCUAAAGGAAAAGAUUACUAAGUUCAGCGCAGACACGGGGAUCAACAUUGUCUACAUCUAUCCAGUGAAGAACAUCCACUCAGAAUCUGACCUGAAGGAUGGCGCUGAUGUUCUAAUUCUGCACGCCCUCAGACGCAUCAUCGAAAGAGGACAUGACUUUCUCAACAAAUCCUAAAUCCAGAUGUUCUCAGUUUACUGAGUUUAUUUCUAGUUUCUUAUUCUUUCUAAGCUUUUUAGCCCCACCUUUUCUCUUUCACACACUAACCUCUUUCAAUAAGGUGCAUGAGCACACAGGAAAGGUAGGGCAGGGGCCAGUUAAGCUAAGAGAUUUGAUUGGUCAAUCCAGUGUCAGUAAUGAAGAUGCUGUUAGUGCCAGGAGCAGUCACAGUUCUGCAUGAAAUGAUGACUCGGACAGAGCUGAGAGCCAAACUCAAAUCAUUUUUAUUCUUUUUUUUAUAUUGAACUUUUUGAUCCCAGCUUUUAGUUAUAUAUGACAUUUGUAUUCAGUGUAUGUGUGGUGUCUAAAACAUGUUUCCUCUGCUCUGAUGAGUAAACACAACUUAAUGAAAUGAACACCUUAGUGUUAAAUUUGAUAGAAAAAUGUUUGUAUGUUUAACAUUAUUGAUCCAUUAAUAAAGCUGCAACAAGCUGAUA